AUGAGCCCUCCCAACGCACCCUCCCGCUCAGCAUCCGCAUCCUCACCGAAAACGCGCAUCAAUCAGGCUACAGAUCAUGGCGGCAGCAGCAGCAAAGAUUUGCCACUCCAAGGUCGCAGCGUCAUUCUCGUCCAACCCUACUUUGGCUUCCCGGAAGAGCAGCAGGGGCUGACGGCGCUCUUGUUUGAUGCCUAUGGCGCCUCUUCCUUGUGGAUCACUACCGGUGAGCGCGCCCCAUUUCUGACUCGCCUUCGCGCUGACUCGGUCUUAUGGGCAUGCGCUCUGCAGCCGCCUUGCUGGCAUCGUACGAUGCGCGCACGACGGACAGCGAGGCGAGACGCGCAGAGAGUGCGAGGCAUGCGCGACCACGGCCAGAAGCUGUCCUCAUCGUGGACAUUGGACACUCUGGCUGCAACGUGGUGCCCGUGAUUGGCGAGGAUAUAGCGUGGCAUGCUGUCAAGAGGUGAGCAGGAGCAGGUGAUCAUCGCAUCGCAUCGCAUCGCAUCGCGUCUACCACUGACCUGACGCCUCGCCUUGCAGACUCGAUGUGAGCGGCCGGCUGCUGACGAAUCUGCUCAAAGAGACGCUAUCCUUUCGGCAAUACGAUCUUAUGGACGAAACGCUGAUCGUCGAAAAAGUCAAGGAGAUGUGCUCUUUUGUCGCCAGCAGCGUGGGACGUGCUGAUCAUCGCGUCGCUCCUGCGCUCAUCCUGCCUCCGUCGCUGUGGAGCUUUGCUUUUUGCACGGAGCUUUGCAGGUGAGUGUUCGAAGAGCAGUGCGUGCUCAUCCACGCGCUAGCCUCAUUUGUGUACCUUGCAGGUCGGCCAAGCCGGGUGCAAAUCCGCUCGCUCAGGAGUACGUACUUCCCGAUGGCUCCGACAAUUCGACUGGCCACAUCAGGAGCGGGCCGGGUCGCAUACGGGGACCCCCGAAAAGGCGACGAGUGGAGAGUGCAGGGGCGUCGGACGCUCACGACGACGACGACGGCCUAAUUGCCGAUUUGACGCGCCAGAGCGUAGUCUCAGGCUGCAGUAGUGGCGAUCAAGACGGCGAGGAAGAGGACGAAGACGGGGACACUGACUUUGAUCCGGACGGGAUGGCGCCGCCUCGCGAAUCGAAACGCAAGCGCGCCAAGAUAUCCAACCCUUUGCGUGCCAGCGACGGCGACGAGGAAGAACAAGUGCUCACGCUCUCCAGCGAGCGUUUCCAAAUUCCCGAGCUGAUUUUCAACCCUAGCUUGAUUGGUGCGUCUUUGUGCCCAUCAAUCGCUCGCAGCGCACGCUCACCGCCCGCUCUCCACAGGCCUCAACCAAGCACCCUUGCCCGAGUUGAUCCAGCUGACGAUCGAGGCGUGCCCGGCGGACAUGCAGGCGAUGCUUUGGUCAAAUGUUUGCAUCAUUGGCGGCGGCGCGCACAUCACCGGGAUGCAAAGAAGACUGUGAGUUGGUAAAGUAGGUCAGCUACCUCCUGAUUCCUUUCUCACUCGCACAAUUGUCAGGGAGCACGAACUGCGUGCGUUAGCACCACAUCACGUGCCUCUGCAAGUGAGCGCAGGCGACUCGUGAGUUUCAAGUGAUCUCAAUGAUGGAUGUCGUAUCGGCUGAGAUGCGAUGCGAACGCGCGCGCUUCCCCUCUCUAGAUGCUCUGCCGUUCGGGGCGGUGCAGUCAUUGCGAAUGAAUGGGGAACCAGCAGCCAUCACGGCAAGGAGCUUCGGAGCCUCAUGAAGAGCCGCUUGGUCCACCGCGGCGAGUACGAAGCAGCAAAGUCGAAUCGAACGCCGGCGUCGGCGUCUACAGGGGGCUCUGCUCAGCUCUGUGCGAAUCGUUGGCACGACUGGAAUGCCUCGUGA